UAGCAACGCGGAAGCUGUCCAGUGGUCUUGCCUGUUGUCAUCCCUCUUGGCACUACCCCGUCCCGAAGAAAAACCCGGGAUUUUUUUCUCUGCCUUCUACACAACUCAACCGCUUUGUGUGGACCACCGAACAUUUGACUCUAGCACCCCACAUAUCACGAUGCUCUCACAGAGGUUAUUGUUGCUCCGAUCGGCUUCUUUUGUGAUGAGCAGAUCACUCUGCGCAGGUGUAACAUCAAAACACGGCAAGGCGCCUGACAUGAUUCAGGGAAAUCCACUUUUACACGUCUCUAAUGUUCGCAACAGGCUGAGAGAAAUAGUUGGAGCUUCUACGAACUGGAGCGACCAUCAGCAGGCCAUGGCAGAGCGUGUGUCGUUGUCAUCCAUGUUGGCCAAGUCUCAGCACGACCUUCCAGCUAAGAGGAUGAAGGACAGUUACCUGGAGGUUCACCUGCCUCUGGGCUCUGAGCCACAGCUCCGGGAGAAGUACCUGACGUACCACAACACUGUCAGGUUUGGCAGAAUCCUGGAGGACUUGGACAGUUUAGCAGUCCUCAUUGCUUACUCUCACACCUUCAACCCGGAGCUGAAGAAGUCUCCUCUCUCCAUUGUCACUGCAUUGGUGGAUAAAAUUGACAUGAGGCAGCACAUCAUCUAUCCAGACUGCGACAUCAAGUUUACGGGUCGUGUGACGUGGGUCGGGAGGACGUCUAUUGAAGCAAAGAUGCACAUGUCACAGUACCGUGAUGGUGCUUAUGCCCCUGUUCUAGAUGCUACGUUCGUCAUGGUGGCUCGAGACCCAGAAAACAAAAGGGCAGCGUUUGUAAAUCCGUUGAAGCCUGAUGGACCGGAGGACGAGAAGCUCUUCCAAGAAGGAGAAGCUAAUAAAUCCCGCCGCGUGGAGCUGAGCACUGCAUCGCUGCUGAAGGUCGCUCCCACAGAGGAGGAGAGGAAGAUCGUACACAGUCUGUUCCUCAACACUCUGGACACAAACACAGUCAGUUUCCGCAGCCGAGUUCGGCCUCCAAACUCCGUGUGGAUGGAAGACGCUAAACUGAAAGGACUGGAGAUCUGCCACCCUCAGGAGAGGAACAUCUUCAACAGGAUUUUUGGAGGUUUUCUGAUGAGGAAAGCUUACGAGCUCGGCUGGGCCAACGCCUGCUCCUACGGCGGAUGUCGGCCGAGUCUGGUGGCUGUUGAUGAUAUCGUCUUCCAGAAACCGGUGGAGAUCGGCUCCUUGCUGCUGCUCUCCUCACAGGUGUGUUACACACAGGGGAAGUACAUCCAGGUUAGAGUUCACAGCGAGGUGUAUGACCCCCUGACGCGCCAGCACAACACUACCAACAUCUUCCACUACACCUUUGCUUCGGACCGGGAUGUCCCCAACAUCGUUCCCAAGACAUACGGAGAGUCGAUGCUGUACCUGGAUGGAAAGAGACAUUUCAAUCAAACAGUGGAAGCCUGAAAUAUCAGAGAUGUGCCACUAAAGCCUUUCACUGUCUUACCAACAAGCCAACAAGGUGUUUAUGUAUCGGCCUAGAGGAACAAAUGCAGUUAGCAUGCUUUAAAUUCUCUUUAUAUUGCAUUUACACCAUCCACAAGGUGAUUAUGUUUGAAUCAUUUACUUAAUUUGCUCUGGAGGUUUACACUUUAGUGUCUUUGGUGCAUUACAUUGCCAAAAGAAAGACAAAACAAAACUUUUUAGUUGUCUUUUUAUCUUCUGAAAUUUUCUUUUCAGCAUUUUAGCCAGUUUUGGCUUAUGGCUUGUCAACAACAGCCGGAGUAAAGGUUCUGUUACAUACAUACCUGACAUUUAUAUUCAUGGUGUUACACUAAAGAACACUACAUUAUCAUAUUCUGCUGUUGCUUAUACCACAAAUUAUUUUUAUUCUUCCAUUGUAUGCCGGGCUCAAGUGAUAUUUAUACUCAAAUGCUAUAUAUAAAUUACUUACCUCAA